AUGUCAGAGUGGAGCAACGGAAACUCCAAUGUGUCCUACACCAGCUUCCUCCUGGUGGGCUUCCCGGGGCUGCAGGAGUCCCGCACCCUCCUGGUGCUGCCCUUUCUCAGCCUCUACCUGGUGAUCCUCUCUGCCAAUGCCCUGGUCAUCCACACGGUGGCGGCCCAGCAGAGCCUUCACCAGCCCAUGUACCUGCUCAUCGCCCUGCUCCUGACUGUCAACAUCUGUGUCGCCACCACAGUGCUGCCCGCCAUGUUCUUCAGCUUCUCCACACACUUCAACCGCAUCUCCCUGGCUCGCUGCCUGGUCCAGAUGUUCUGCAUCUACUUCCUUGUUAUCUUUGACUGCAACAUCCUCUUAGUCAUGGCCCUGGACCGCUAUGUUGCCAUCUGCUACCCACUGCGCUACUCAGAGAUAGUGACAGGCCAGUUGCUGGCUGGCCUGGUGGUGGUGGCAGCUGCCUGGAGCAUUUGCAGUGUGACCCCAGUGGUGUUUCUGGCCUCCCGGGUUCGCUUCUGCCGCUCAGAUGUCAUCCACCACUUUACCUGUGAACACAUGGCCCUGAUGAAGCUCUCCUGUGGAGACAUUUCCCUGAACAAGACUGUGGGACUCACCGUGCGCAUCUUCAACAGAGUCCUAGACAUGCUUCUGCUAGGAGCCUCCUAUUCCCGCAUCCUCCAUGCUGCCUUCAGGAUCUCAUCAGUGGGGGCCCGGUCCAAGGCCCUGAACACCUGUGGCUCCCACCUGCUGGUCAUCUUCACUGUCUACUUUUUCACUAUGACCUCAUCCAUCGUCUACCGAGUGGCCCGUUCUGCUUCCCAAGAUGUGCACAACCUGCUCAGUGCUUUUUACCUGCUGCUCCCGUGUCUGGUCAACCCCAUCAUCUACGGGGCCAGAACCAAGGAAAUCAGGCAGCACCUAGUGAGGUUGUUUCAGAGAACAGAUAUCAAGAUGUACCUUUAUUUGGACUGGAAACAGAAAAUUGGUGAGGGCAGAAAAGACCAAGAAGCCACAUUGGUCUCAGUUCCUGCACUCAGUACCAUGCAUCAGACCUUUGGCCCUUUCCCUUCCUGCAUCUACCGCUGGCUUGGCUGCCGAGCCCUGGGCUUUGUGUCGAUGAAGCAGCUCAAAGUGGCUACCAAGUCAGCCAUGCCUCUCUUAUCUUUGCCACCCCUCAACACAUACAACCUUCUCUGUGUGCCUCGACAUGGCACACUCAAUCAGCAAGGUUAUGUGCCUGAGGACCCACCAUCCCAUCAGGAUAGGGGCUCUCCUCACACUGGGAAGCACUACUAA